AUGUCUACAUCCAAACCAGUACUGAAGUCCAUGGUUGAGACGCUUCGGGGCCGACUUGAGCGAGCCAACCCCGCGAUCGCCAUGGCCGCACAUAAUCCGCUCGCAGCCAAGCUUGCCGCCGAAGCAGGAUACGGCGCCGUCUGGGUCAGCGGUUUCGAGCUGUCAGCAUCGCACGCCGUGCCGGACGCGAGCAUCCUGUCCAUGACCCACCACCUGGAGGCCACUCGGGCCAUGCGGCAGGCGGUGCAGGACCGCAUCCCUCUGAUUGUUGACAUGGACACCGGUUUCGGCAACGCGGUGAGUGUGGCCUACGCCGUCCCGCAAUUCGCUGUCGCUGGCGCUGCCGCGGUUGUUCUGGAGGAUAAGACGUUCCCCAAGGACAGCAGCCUCCGCGUCGGCGGGCGGCAGGUGCUGGUGCCGGUCGAGGAAUUUCAGGGCAAGAUCAGGGCGGCAAAGGACGCGGCCGACGUGCUGGUCGUCGCGAGAACUGAGGCGCUCAUCGCGGGCCUGGGACAGGACGAGGCUAUCAGGCGUGGACUGGCAUAUGCCGAGGCAGGUGCCGACGCGGUGCUGAUACAUAGCAAACAAAAGACACCAGAGGAGAUUUUGUCGUUCUGCCGGGCCUGGCCUGAUAGUCAGGUGCCGCUGGUGCUUGUCCCGACGAGUUACCCACAGUUGUCUUUCCGCGAGGUUGGUGAGUUGAACAAGGUCGGUCUGAUCAUCUGUGGCAAUCAUGCUAUUCGGACCGCUGUUUCUGCCAUGAGGCGUGUCUUUGCUUCUAUUUUGGACGAGGGAGGCCUGGCUGGUGUUGAAGAGAUGUCAUAUUUGCGUUAA